AUGAGGAAACGCUACGAACCCACAGUUCUCUGGAUGGGUCAUACCGAUUUUCUACAUAUAAUGAAGAGGAUGGAGGAUAAGGAGUGGAAGGAAUGGGCGGCUGAGGCGGAUGGGCCAUGCUAUGUUUCUACGCUGAAAAUAAUCCCCAAGCUUACACAAGAAGAAAUCAUUUCACAGUGUCGCUUCCUGACCUCAGCUGGCUUUGACACUACAGCAAAUACAUUAACCUAUUUAACCUAUUUGCUGGCCAAUCAUCCCGCCGAGCAAAACAAACUGUGGGCCGAAGUUGAAACACUAAAUGAAAUUACUUUCGCAAGCGUGCAACUUCUGAAGUAUCUUCAUUAUGCGAUCAUGGAAACGCUCCGACUUUUCCCGCACGCAUCCAUGUUGCAGUCGCGAGUCUGUGUCCAGCAAUGUGUGAUAGGUCCAUGUACUUUCCGGAAAGGAUUAGGAAUCAUAUUCGAUACCUGGAGUUUGCAUCGUGAUAGCAGUGUUUGGGGUGGUGAUGCGGAGCAGUUCAAACCCGAGAGGUUUGCAAAUCGCACGGAACAGCAAAUGCUUAGUUGGAUGCCGUUUGGCGCAGGACCACGGCAGUGUAUCGGGAUGCGUUUUGCACUACUGGAAACCAAAGUGGUGAUUUGCCGAAUGAUGAAGAGAUUUCAAUUUCGCAAAGUUGAAGAUUCACGUGAGGUAGGCCUCCCAAAAAUAUGA